AUGAUCUGGGAUACCAUAACAAAAAAUAUAAAAAAUCUGAACAAAAAAUAUACUCAACAAAGAACUAACAAACCACGAACAUGUUACCUGUAUGAACAAGAGGGCCAAAUCAUAAAAAACUGUCCUAACCAAAUUAAAAGUAAUGACAAACCUAAUGCGAGUAUAAGGUUUAAUAAUGCUAAUUUACGCUUUGUAGAAUUUAGUAAAAAGAAUGAUGAAAAUGAUAGGAAAUACUUGAAGAUAGAAUUGUUAGAUGAAGAGGAGGCUAGUGAUUAA